UAAAAUAUUUCGCUUUUUGUGCAAUUUCAGCAAUUGAUGAAAAAUUAAUUGUAAUUCGAAAAUAUGCCAACAAAUAUAGUAAAUGAAUUUAAGAAUCCGGAUAACAAAUCUUUAAAGGAUUUAUUUUUCCCUGUCGUGCUCGAUGAUGGAGUUAAAAAGAACGUGUGUGCUUUGGACAAAUAUUGGGCUCCCCGGUCGAUAUUUUCUAACUACACUAGUUUGGUGGUAGCUGGUGGUCAUUACAAAACCGGCGCCGCUUUACAGGAAUGGCAACAUGAGGCAGACAAUUUUAAAAAUGAUUUGGAGUUCUUAUUGAGCUUAAAGCAUCAUGAAUUUUGGUCCUAUAUGGUAUUUCAGAAAUCUGCUCUGGGCUGCAUAGUAUCAUUUCUUCAAAAGGCUACACCAUUCUAUAUAAACAUUUGUUCGCAGCCUCCCAGUGACAAUGUGCAAGCUGAUUAUGAGACAUUACUCAAUUUGGUAUUACGUAUCAUUUGUCGUCUAUUAACACCUAAAGAGUCAGCCGAUUGCUGGUUAAAGAAAGAUGAUAUGCGUGAACUAAUCUAUAAAAAUUAUCUGAUCUCUGUGCCCAUGCUCUUUGACUUACUGGUGGCGGUGGGAAAUGCUUGUCCUGAAAAUGCUGCCAUAUUGCAGCGAAUUUUUGAUACUCUCCUGAACAUAGAACCGAACUAUAAAAAGGAUCUAAUAGCGGCCUUAAACUUCUUUCGUGCUGCCUUUCGUUCCAUUCAAACACAAACCGAGAAUGAGGGUUUUGAAGGGGCGGGUGGUGGUCUGCCCGAUGACACUUGUGAAACCCCCUUCGAUGAUGUGGCUUUGUACACUUUGGACUGUGCCUUCACAUUAAGUGUUCUACUGAACGUUUGUCCUGCGGUUAGGAGUUUGUGUGGAGAAAUGAAAUUGGGUCAAAGUAUAGCAAAUUUUUAUGAUAAUACUUUGGCAUUUUUGUAUAAAAAUAUUUAUCUUAUAAAUGAAACUGCCAAAAGUUUAAUGUGGCUUAAUCAGGCCCGUUUGCAGUUCUUGCAAGCAUUUCGUAGUAUCUCCUACUCCUAUGUGGAAGAGGUACUGGCAAAACCCAAAGCCAGUAUAAUGGCCACCGAAGAAUUUAUUGGUUUAUUAACUGAGUGCCUGUCAGAACAGACUUUUGUUAUAGAUUAUGAGAGACACUUUUCCGUGGCUUUGGAUAUGGAGAUAUUGAAACAGGCUUGCGAGGAUUUGGACACCUUUAAGGCUAACUUUGUGGUACAGGGUUAUCAAAAAGAAGCUGAAACUGCGGAAAAGGAAACGAUAAACAAUUUACAAAACUUAAUAGCGAAUCAUGAGUUAUUGAAUACCAAUGAUGCAAUUAACCAAACAAAAUCUAAAGUUGAAGAAAAAGUAAACGAACCUGUUAACAAACCUAAACCAUCUUCUGAACGUGAUUUGGAAUUGGAAGUUACAAUGGUUUUAGAUUGUUUACCACACUUGGGCACGGGUUUUGUGAGAAAACUUAUAUCACGUUAUGACACCAGUGAAGAAGCUAUAGCCGCUGUUCUGGAAAAUAAUUUGCCUCCUGAUCUAGCCCAGGCCGAUCACAGUGAAGUUUAUAUUCCACCCGAUCCUCAAGAUAAAUUAUAUGAACAGACUGGCGUCAAACACUUUAAUAUUUAUGAUGGCGAUAAAUACGAUGUAAUGACACAGGACAAUCCCCAGUGCAUUAUAAAACAAGGCAAAGGUUUUCCCAAUGCUCCUCAAAAUGCUACACAACUAUUGGAUGACAAACGCGAUUUGGCAGCCAUUAAACACCGUUAUCAAGAAUAUUCCCUCGUCACCGAAAGAGAUUCCGAUGAUGACGAAUAUAACGAUGAGUAUGAUGAUAGUUAUGAAGCUUUACUAGAGAGUGAAACUCGAGUGGUCAAGUCUAAAGAUCUUAAGAAUGUCUUGGCUAAUGUGGCCGAUGUAUCGGAGGAUGAAAGCGAAAGCGAGGAAGAGGAAUCCUCACAACAAACGGAUAACAACCAACGCAAUAAAAAUGGCAAUUUCUGUGAAAAUCCGGAAGACAUAAGAGCUCGCUAUGAAGCCCGACGUCAGGCAAAAUGGGCAAAAAAAGGAAAUUUUGUGCCACAGCAGCAACCAAAAGAUGUGGUGGGUCGUGCCAAAGGUCAAGGUCAGGAGAAAGAUGUCUUACGCAAUCGCCAGAAAAAGGAGGCCAAUAAGUCGUCCCGAGCUAAUCAUAAUCGUAAGGCCGGUGCUGCUUUUAAACAAAGUAAGGGUAUGUUUUAAGUUAUAAUUCACUUCUCUGCUAAAUAUGUUGAACAUAAUAAAUGUAAAAAUUGGAGGUUUUGGAAAUAACCAUAAUAAUAAUAAUGUAUUUUAGAGAGGUAAUGCAA